AUGUCCUCUCUCUCCUGCCGGGCUCUGCGCGAGCUGGCAACUCCGUCAAGCUCGAGGCGUGUCCUCGCUUCCUCGUCAUGGCUCCCUCGCGCUUCCUCUUCGGCGCUCUCGUCGUCCCAUUCGCCGGCUGGCAGGCGCUACGCGUCGUCAAACCCCAAGGAGCGUGAAGUGCCCGUUCAGUGGCCAUCAAAACGGAAGGAGGCCAAGGCGACAUUCAACUUGAAGGAGGCUCCUCUGAGUGACAUUACCAAGGACAAAGCGGCCCGCAAGAACAAGGCAGAUGCAGAAGCUCGAGUCGACUACAACCAAGGCAUUGCGGUUCCACUGCUUCAGGACCACGACCCAGACGCUGCGAAUUACCGUCGCCUGGCAGCCAACGACGCAGCAGGCUACCAAAAGCCUCCUACACGCGCCAAGAUGCUUGUGCGUGAAUUCAUCCAUGACAGCUUGUACAACCCCCACUAUGGUUAUUUCUCCAAGAAUGUGGACAUAUUCACGCCCGAGGACGCCGAAGGCUACAAGUUCAAGUCCAUAAGCGACCAGGCCAUGUUUCAGGAGCUCAUGGGCGAGCGCUACGAGACUGAAUAUGCCACGCCUCAGGACGGCCUCGGUCGCCAGGUGUGGCACACGCCGACUGAGCUGUUCAAGCCGUACUACGCCAGGGCGCUCACGUCCGCCAUUGUGAGCCAGUACAAGCGCAACCACUUCCCCCACCAGGACCUGCUCAUCUACGAGGUCGGUGCGGGCAACGGCUCGUUCAUGUUCGACGCCAUGCGGUUCAUCCGCGACGAGUACCCCGAGAUCUUUGCCCGGACAAAGUAUCGUAUUGUGGAGAUCUCGUCUGCGCUCUCCCAUAUUCAGCGCAAGCGUGCCCAUGACGCUGGGUUCACCAACGUCGAGGUCAUCAACCAGGACUUUUUCAAGUGGAAGGGAGGCACGACCGACCCGUGCUUUGUUGUCGCGCUCGAGGUGUUUGACAACCUCUCGCACGACCUUGUUCGUUAUGACAUGAAGACUCUGGAGCCCAAGCAAGCUGUUGUGUCCAUCAACAAGGAGGGCGACUUUUCGCUCGAGUACGAGACCGUCACCGACCCGUUGCUGAGGCGUGCGCUCGAGUACCGUCGCCUUCUUCCGCUGGCCCCCAACACGCAGCCGCCACUGUCCAAGGCGAUGCUGUCGUCGCCGGCCCUUCGCAACUUGUACGUCAACCUGCCAUUCGCGCCAAACCUGUCGCCACCCGAGUUUGUGCCCACCAAGGCCGUGUCCUUCCUCGAGCGCCUGCGCGACCAACUGCCAGCGCACCGUCUGCUCAUGGCCGACUUUUCCGAACUCCCCGAGGCCGUCGAGGGACGUAACGGCCCCGUCGUGCAGACCCGCUACCGCAACCAGAUGGUCCCAUGCUCGACCUUCCUCGUCAAGCAGGGCUACUUUGACAUCUUCUUCCCGACCGACUUUGAGCUUCUGCGCGACGUCUAUGGCCUGAUCAUGAACUCGCCCGCUCGCCGCGUCACUCCCCCCGGAGCUAACGGCAGCAGUGGCGAGGCCGAGGCCGCGACAGUCGACGAGGAGGCGGCGGCGGCGGCGUCGUCGUCUUCAUCUGCGGCGUCGGACCCUAACCCUACGCCGCCCACCUCGAUCAAGGGCGCGCGCGCCCAAAAGGCGCUCGACGACGACUUCUUCAGUCCCUCGGGCGUGCGUGGCUUCCGCCGGCGCCAUGUCGGCGUCUACACCCAAGCCGAGUUUAUCGUCAAGUACGGCGGCGAGGCCAUGGUCGGCCCCACGCGCAUGAAGGACGGCCUCAGCCCCAUGCUCACCAUGUAUGACAACGCAAAGAUCAUGUUCUAG